AUGCCUGUCCCCACCCGAGUGCAAGCCGAGAAGAACAUCUGGAUAGCCGCAGGCGACGGUGACCUCGCUCGAGUCCAAGUGCGCACUCGUGGAAAAUCAAUUUUUUGGUAUCUGCCUCCCUCUGCAGCGGUCUCACCAAACGCCCCUGAUGCAUUCACGUACACGCCCAUGCACGCUGCUGCAUCAUAUGGCCAACUUGAGGUCCUCGAGUACUUGGUCUCCCAUGGGGGCGAUGUGAACGUUGUCGAUGGCGAUGGUGAUACGCCACUGUACACCGUGGAAAAUAUCGAGACCGCCCAGUGGCUGGUAGACCACGGUGCGGUGGUGGAUCGUCGCAACCACGAAAACAUAUCAAGCUCUCCCAAGCCAACAGAGCAUCUGGAAGAGGACUUCCCCGAUGUGGCGGCCCACCUGCGCGCGAUCGUUAACCCGUCCGGCGCGACCGGAGUCGCAUCUACUGCGCAGCCCUCUCAACACCAGCAAAACUCGGCAUCAGAGCAGCUCACGUCGUCGCUGAUGCAGUCCGUGCAGGAGAUCAUGGAGCGCGCAGAGUCCGAUGGCCACGAUCCCGACGAGGAGCUGAGGCAGGCCGUGACCAGGACCGUCUUUCAAGGUGUACAGACUGGCUUCGAUAUGUCUGUCGACGCUAAUGCUUCCGACGAUCACAACGGAGACGGAGAUAGCGCAGCCAAGAGGCCAAGGACCGACGGGAGUUAG